AUGAUUUGUAUCGAGCUUUGUUUGUAUGCACCUUUUUCAUCAUUUUACAAAUACGAAACAAUAUUUCAUCAAAUAUUACCGAAUAUUAUCAUUGUUGGAUUCAGUAUUGGUUUAUUAAUACGUGUCUAUCGGCAAACACAUCGAGUUGGUCAAUCAUUAACAUGGCGAAAACAUUGGAAAAUGACAGUUCAAUUGUUAUUUGUCUCAGUCAAUUAUCUUAUAUUUAGUUUACCAUUAACAUUAAUGAGCGUUUUCUAUCUUCUCGGUGUACCACUUUAUGUUACCGCUAAAUUUACACAGUAUGCAUCAUUUUUGUAUUAUUGUACAAUGCUUCUUUUUCCUAUUGUUGCUACUUUAUUUUUACCUCAGUUGAAAGACGAAAGGAAGAACAUGUUACGAUUACGAGGUCGAACAAGAGCUGUUGUACCGAUAAGAUAG